CACCGGCGUGAUUGCCAUUAUGCUGGGGCGCUUGAGGAUGACGGUUGACGAAUGCAUCGCUGCCUACACGUCUUUGUCCGGUGCGUGGCCUGAACUCUGGGAGUCCUUUCAAGCCUUUGACCGCGGAAGAGGCACUGCCAUGGCUAACAGGCGGCGCUCCCACCACAUGGCAUUGGCUCUGGCAGGUUCAUUCUUUGAGCUUCUUUCAUGAAUCAAAAAGUGCCUCUGAGUCAACGCUUGAAACUCUGCGG